CUCGGUGAAGUCCGCUUCUGGUAGUUGGAGACAAAGAGCUUUGCACUCCGUGUCGUGUCGAAGUUGUGUGUGUUCAGCAGUUGAUAGACAGAAGCGAACGACAUGAGAGAAGUAGAUCUGAGACCAUGGCGUGAGUUUUUUUUUCAGGUAAGCAAGUAGAUGAUGGGUGUUUGUUGUUUCUUCGAAUGGUUAUAAUACUUCCUUUGCUUCUGUCAUUCGUUUCAUUUCAGUCCUUCCUAGAUCAAUAGUUUCCUUAUCAAGACUGCAGAUCAUCACCCAUGUACUUGCGCUAGCGACUAAAAGUAUAAAAGGUCAACUAUAUAGAAAUCUUCUCCUCGAUCAUUUGCAAAACCAAUACUCUUGCACCACUAGGAACAAGUUGUAAGCUCAGAGGUGUUUUACACACAAGACAGCCCUAGUUAUUACUUGUAUUGGUAAAUCAGUACUUUCUUCAAAAUGCCCGAAAUUGUCGCAGGUGCCGCAGCAGCUGCUUUGCAGCCGGCUGCAGCCAAAGCUGCGGCACAGCCGCCACGCAAGCGCAAGAUGUCCGAAGAGCUGCUGAAGUUGGGAAUUGCGGCGGUAAUAUUGUUCACUUUAUAUUGUUUUCCAUCUAGUGCUGAUUCUGGUUACUUCAGUUAUAUAAUCAAGUAUGCAGCUCGUGGGAAGUUUGUAGUUUAGAAGUAGAGGUCGCGUGACACAACCAAUGAAGUUGAAUCUUCUUAAGGAAGUUCAUUGUUCUAAAUGCGAUUCACUUUUCUCACCAUCUUACAGGUCAACGCGAACAAGAAGGUGUUUGAAGAGGUGGCUUCGUCGGUGAGCAAGGAGCUGGAGAUGGCUGGCACUUUUAUCGAGUAUGAUAAUCAAUUUUCCUCAUUGGUGUACCUUUAGAAAUUGUAACUGAAGUGUAUGCUUAGUGUCUUAGUUUCUUCGAGCGUUUUGGACUGCGCGAAUCGUCUGAUUCGUAAUACAAACAUCAGAGUUUCUCUAAUUCUUCUCGAUGCAGUUGAAUCAUCUGAUUCGUUUCGCUGAGAUGAAUGGGGACCACGAAUCAUGUGAUUCGCGGAUAAGGUUACGAGAAGAAGAGACGUCUCCACUCUGUUCUUCUCAACCUUGCAGCGAAUCAUCUGAUUCCUCAUUGCUCCCUGAAUGAGAAUCAAGCGACGCAGCUCCUGCUGAUGCUCGAAUCAUUCGAUUCGUCUUGUGCUCUACUAGGAGAACGAAAGACCUUCGUCGUAGUUCCUUAGUAAUUGCGAACUUCGUGCUUCAUCUAAAGUGCAAAGAACUCCAUCUGUCUCCACUAUCUAAGCUGCGAUCUAUUUCCUUCUUCUAACUUCUUUCCAGAUGCUCAACAGCAGCAGGAAGCCGCCGGUGUUGCAGCAGCAGCUGCUGCUCAGCAAGAAGCUAUCACGGCCUCGCAGCGCGCCUCUAGUGUCCAGCAGCAACAAGCUGGACCUGUUGCUGGUCAGCAACCAGCUGGACUUGGUCAGCAACAGGCUGGAUCUCUUCGCAACUCCUCCUCUUCGCAACUCUCCAACAACUGAGUGCGCGACGAGUUCAGGUUCACGGACGAGGGAGGCUCGCAAUUGUGGCGGUAUCUAACUCUUUACAACUAGUAUAAUUGCUUUGUUAAGAACUCUGGUAGAAGAGUCUACGUUUUCAGAUGUAGGACUUACGACAGAAAUUCGAUACUUCUUCUCUCUUCUAUCCUUCUAAAGCCCCACACUCGUUUCUUUCGACGAACAUCUCCAACUGCCUCACUUUUCCAGGUGAAGCAGAACAAGUCAUGGGAUAGCGACAAUUUGUCAUGGGGUGGCGUUCAAUGAUAUGACGUAGUGGGUGCGAUGCUGCUCCUCGGCCAUGUGAAGAAAGAAGAAAAUGAGAUACUGACUACAUCUGAGGAGAAGAUGUCUAUGCCUAUAUGUUCUUCGUAGUUCUUAAUUGUUCUUGGUUUAUUCAUCAUUGAGUAUGGCGAGCAUGAUUUAGAGCUUUGAUUUUGAAGUAAAUUUAUAUCACAGAUCUACUGAACUUGAAGAAUUAUUUGAAUAAAAAGGAGUACUUAGAUUUAUUUGAUAUAAAUUUAGAACGUUGUGACCCUAACACUUUUGACUUACGAUUUCACUCACGGAUAUAUCUCAGCUGGUAGAAGGUGUUUUGGUUGGCAUGUAGUGAAAUCAUAACGAUAGAUGUGAAGGUCUAAAACGAAGACGAGACGCAGGCUGUAUUUGAGUCAUGAGGGAAAGAAUGAGAAAUCUAUUGAAUGCGCGCAAGAGAAGACAAGUUAUUUAGUGCGAGAAGGUUAGUUUUAUAGUAAUAUGCGUAUUAUGAGAUAGAUGGCGGCGUGAAAGAUGUGCGACAAGAUAUGGCUAGUUGUUAUUGGGCGGGUUGAUCAAUUUGAAUUGAUGAAACUUGACUAGAUCUAUACUGGUACUCUCCCCUUCUUUAGAAGGGACGUAGUCACUGCGUUCCACUAUAUUUUAAGGAAGACGUCGGCACUCCAGACCCAAGUGCAGUCGGGUUGUUUUGUAAGAUUGUAUCACGCACUCCGCUCGAAUUGACUACUAGCUCGAAGCGUCUCCCUUGAUUUCGUUAGGUGUGGAAUGGAGAGUCCAAUCCCACGCGUACCAGUUCGGACGCCAGUCCUACAAACCACAGCGGGACUUCAAGAAGGAGACACUUUAGAAACCUUGUUAUAUGUAGAAAUAAACACAGAACGAGGAUCAAAAUAACAAGAGACUGGAGGAGUCGCCGCGCGUGUCUUACCGUCAUGUUCCUGAGAUGAGGCUUGUGAUUGGUAGGCGAAGUCGUCGCGUUCAGCUUCAGUUUCAUUGUGCGGAGACCACGGACGGUUCCUUAUUAACGUCGUAAGAGUCAGAAGCUUGCCUUCUGUGGUGUGUCGUCAUCGUUCGCAGAUCGAUGGUAGUACUGACCUAUGUAUAGCAUCGAUGGUAGUGCCGACGUAUUGUUCGGUGACCGUGCGGCGUUUUUUAGUCAUGGGGAUAUAUCUUCACGAACUGUUUUGGUGGAAGAGAGGCAUAAUCGUAACCCUUUCUAUCGUCUUUUACUGUCUGGGAGCAUCACACCCUAAUAAGAACAAAGCAGAGGCAUUUUAUUUGAUCGAAAGAAAAGAACGUGCUGG